AUGGCAUCCAAUCCUCCAGGAGCAUGCUGCUACAAAGGCGUCAAGCAUGAAGGCGAGGCAAAAGGCGAAUUCAUUCAGAUUGGUGACUUUGAGACAUACGUAGUCUAUCCUGAGGACAAGUCCACCGAGAAGGCCAUUCUCCUUAUCACCGAUGUCAUAGGCCACCGUUUCAUCAAUGCCCAGUUGAUAGCUGACCAAUUCGCUGCCAACGGCUACUUUGUACUGAGCCCUGACCUGUUUGACAAGGACCCUAUUCCCUUGAACCGCGGUGACGACUUCGACAUCAUGCAGUGGCUUCAGGGGGCAUAUCACCCAAAGAAGGUUGCACAUCUACCGCCCACGGUCGACCCUAUCAUUGAUGCCUGCCUGGUCGAGCUACGAACGAAGUACAAUGCAAAGAAAAUCGGUGCUGUUGGCUACUGCUUCGGCGGCAAGUACGUCGUGCGUCAUCUUCGGCCUGAAGCCGGCAAGAUCGAUGUCGGAUACACUGCGCAUCCAUCCUUCGUCGAUGCAGACGAGCUCAAGGAGAUCAAGGGUCCACUUGCCAUCUCUGCCGCAGAGACCGACAGCAUCUUCCCCACCGAGAAGCGCCAUGAGAGCGAAGUCAUCCUCAAAGAGACCGGCCAGCCAUAUCAGAUCAACUUGUACUCUGGAGUGGAACAUGGAUUCGCCGUUCGAGCUGACUUGAAUAACCCUGUAACCAAAUACGCGAAGGAGAGUGCUUUCAUACAAGCAUUGCAGUGGUUCGAAGAGCACUUGCAGUAA